GUGGAGGGGAGGAAGCUGAGAGCAGCAUCACGUAGCCUAUAGAGUUUCAACAGGUAAUGAAUAUCUCUCCGCCAUAUUCGGUGUCUGCUGCCAUCUACUGCGCUUUAAGUAAGGAAGACAUUUGAAUCAUAUAUAUACAUACAAAUACUAUUAGAUGAUGGAUUUAGUUCAUGCCCGGCGGAAUGCAUCGCAGCGGUGAGGGGCCCGGACCUCAGGACGCGAUGGGACUAAAGGUCCCGUGGCGGUAGGCUACGAUGCCUACGGUGUGGAAACGAAUCACAUUCUCGGUGGCCUCCGUGCUGUGUAUCGGUUCCGUGGUGCUCCUGAUCGUGGCUCUCUCCACGGAGAGGUGGGCCACUGGCCGGAUCCUGUGUAAAACCGGAGUGGAUAUUGUAAAUGCGUCGAACCCAGAGCUGAACAAAUUUAUCGGACACAUAUAUUACGGACUGUUCCAAGGGGGCAAGACCAAGAAGUGUGGACUUGGUGACAGGCGUUCUAAAAUAUACAUAUUUCCAAAGCUUGUGAAGACGCUGAAUACUGGACUGCAUAUGAUGGUGAUCCUCUUCUUGCUGGUGGCGAUAGGCUUUGCGCUGGUCAGUCUGUCCUUCUGUAUUUACAACGCUCGCAAGGUGCCCUACCAAAGCAUCAAGGGACACAAGGGACUGUAUCUUUGGAAUGUUAUAGCUGCUCUGUUCGGUACCCUAGGUGUGCUGUGUUUCCUGGCAGCCAUGAGACACCAUCACCUGACGGAGCACAUCGCCAACCACAAGGAGAGCUUCUUCCUCCUCACCGUCCUGGACGACCGCCUAGAUUGGUCCUUCUGGCUGGGCGUGGCCAGCGUGGCCACGCACGUGGCGGUCUGCGGCGUGGUCGCCAUGAGCCGGAUCAAGCUUCCCAAAGCGCAGAAGAAGAAACCCGAGCAGCCGGUGAUCUCGGCCCUGGAUCUGCUCUACUGACAUGUAGCUGAGGAGCAGGCCCUUAGCGACAGGACAAAACCAGGGGUCAGGGGUCAUCGUCCUUGUGGACUAAAUAGACUGACACUGCAUGACAUCUUCCUUGAUGUGUUGUUGUUACUUUUUAAAUGUUACUUCCUGAACUGUCUACCAAUGAAUGAUUACAGAGGGGUAUAAAAAAUGUAUGUGAGCAUGCUAUGACCUAUGUCAUAUGUUACAACAGACAACCUUAUGACUGUGUAUAAAAUCACAGAAUGGACUCGUCAAAUUUGGACACUUUCUUUCUUAUUUGUCCGUAUAAUGUAAAUAUUUGUAUUUCUUAUGCAGAGAAAGGAAAUUAUAAUUUUGAACUGCAUGCUCGUUUUAUCGCAUUCAUGACAAACGAGACCUUUCCUAAGCACAAAUUAAUACUUUUAAUGUAAUGUUUAAUUUUAAGUGCUUGUUAUGCAAUGCAAAAUAUGCAUGUCAUUUUAUUUUAAAAAAAAUGCCAAUUGCAACAUUUUUGUUGCAUGGGCAUUUGUUAAACGUUUUUUACCACAGUGGUAAGCUUUACAUUUUUUACUAAAAGUGUGUUGUGAUA